AUGGAGUCGAGCACGUCUGAUGUUUCUGAUGAAGCGUGGGCUAGGGAGCUGGAAGCCCGUAAGAAGAGGUAUGAAGUCUUUGAAGAUUCCGCUUUUCGUACGCUGGAGCUAGUCCGUGGCUCUCAAUAUUUCUCUGCAACAACCCCAACAGUUUGGAUACAAGGAGAUAACUGGCCAUCGUUUAGUGAAAUUGUCACAAGAUAUCCUCUGUGUGGUGCUUCUAAACUGCACGUGUUUGUGGAUUGUUUCGAAGGCGAAUCAUAUUUGACCUAUGGAUUGAUAUCUCCGAAAAACAGGAAACUUCAGGUGUUGGGUGUUCAGAAUGGAGAACAUCUUCGACUGACUGGAAAAUUGUGGGGAUGGAGCAACCAACAGAAAAAAUUCUUUAAGAAAACAUUCGACUCUAAGACAAGUUUUGCUGCUUCUUCGCAAUUAACACAUUUCUACAACAGAGACAUCAGAAACGGAAGUGUCUUGAGUAUUUACCGUGACUUAAAGAGCAACCGCAUCCACUUUGAUAUCAAUGGAGAGGAAGGAUGGGUCAAUUUUAGCCAAAAUGAACCAGACUUCUGGUAUGGUUACAUUCGCUUGAGUUCCACCGGUAGCGGAAGUAAAAUUCAAGUCACACUGGUUCCGGAGAAAGAUCAAGGUAAAGGCCACGUGAUCAUGCAUUUAUGAAACAUCUCAGACUUCCUCUCUCUCCUUGUCAGUGUGUUAGUUUCAACAUCAGUGUUUGAGCAGUUAACCCUUCAA